AUGCUUGCUAGGGUAUUUCCAAAAAGAUCCAGUUUUGCAGCAAACCAUACCAUAAAAACUACAGUUACAGUUAAAACGAGAAGGAGCUCAAGAUUUUAUAGCAAACUUUCAAUUGAUAAUAAUAAUCUAAGAAAGAUAAAGAUGUCAAGUUCGGUUGCUGAGAAGAAUUUCGAAUCAUUGUUUCAAAAAAUUGAUGAAUUGAAACCAAGAUUCAUCGAACGUUUGGCCAAGGCAAUUGAAAUUCCAGCUGUCUCUGGUGAUGAGACUUUGAGACCACAAGUAAUUAAGAAGGCUCAUUACCUUGCUGGUGAGUUGAAGAAGCUAGGGUUCUCUGAUAUACAAAUGAAGGAAUUGGGUACUCAACCACCACCGGUUGCUGACCCUAACUUACAAUUGCCUCCAGUGAUCUUGGCUCGUUACGGUAACGAUCCAGAUAAGAAAACCGUGUUAGUGUACGGUCAUUAUGAUGUGCAACCUGCCAGUCUUGAAGACGGUUGGAACACUGACCCAUUCAAGUUAGUUGUUAACGAAGAAAAACAGAUUAUGUACGGUAGAGGUGUAAGCGACGACUCUGGUCCAGUGAAAGGUUGGUUGAACGUUGUUGAAGCUCACAGAGAAUUGGGUCUUGAUUUACCAGUUAAUUUGAUUACUUGUUUGGAAGGUAUGGAAGAAUCUGGUUCCAUUGGAUUGGAUAAGUUGAUCGCCGAAGAAGCCGAAGGCUACUUUAGGACUGUGGACACCGUUUGUAUCUCUGACAACUAUUGGCUAGGUACUCAAAAACCCGUUUUAACUUAUGGUUUGAGAGGUUGUAACUACUAUCAAAUUAUCAUUGAGGGACCAGGUGCCGAUUUGCACUCUGGUAUCUUCGGUGGCUCCAUUUCUGAACCAAUGAUCGAUUUAGUCCAAGUCAUGAGUACUCUAGUUGACACUAAGGGUAACAUCUUGAUUGACGGUAUCAAAGAAAUGGUCGCUCCUGUAUUGGAAACCGAAGAUGCCUUGUAUGACAAGAUCGAUUACUCAGUUGAUGAAUUCAAUGCUGCCUCUGGUUCAAAGACUGCCUUGUACGAUAACAAGAAAGACAUCUUGAUGCACAGAUGGAGAUAUCCUUCUCUAUCCAUUCAUGGUGUUGAAGGUGCAUUCCAUGGUUCUGGUGCUAAGACCGUCAUACCAUCUAAGGUUAUCGGUAAGUUCUCAAUCAGAACUGUUCCAAAUAUCGAAUCAGCAAAGUUAGACCAAUUCGUAAUUGAUCAUUGUAACAAGGCGUUCGCCAAAUUACAGUCUCCAAACAAAUUUAAGGCUGAAUUAAUACAUGAUGGUAAUUACUGGGUUUCUGAUCCUUUCAAUGCAUCUUUCUCCGCUGCUGCAAAGGCCACAAAGGUUGUGUGGGGUGUCGAGCCUGACUUUACCAGAGAAGGUGGCUCCAUUCCGAUCACUCUUACUUUUGAACAAGAAUUGAAGAGCAAUGUCCUUCUAUUACCAAUGGGUAGAGGUGACGAUGGUGCCCAUUCCAUUAACGAGAAAUUGGAUUUGAGUAACUACUUUGGUGGUAUGAAGACCAUGGCUGCUUACUUGCACUACUAUGCUGCUUCUGAGGAGAAAUAA